CCAGUCCCAGUCAGUGCCAAUAACAUCGGUCAUGUCCGAAAGCUAUAUAAGUGCCAAACUAGCCGGUACCUUCGCCACAGUCUCCGGUUGCGACUCCAUCUGAUUAAGCUGCGUGCGCGGACACGAUCCUCUUCCAGUGUCUUCGUCGACCUUUGAUUCCAGACAAAGAGGCCCGCGAGAGAUACGUCCAUUACAAUGACCGAGAUCAAGUUGGCCAAACGAAUCGCUGCUGCUCGAGGGUGAAUGUGAGCCGAAUAAUUGAGGAACAAUUUGGUUGUGCUUUUCUGCGAUCCAUCAUCUGUGACGUUAAUACCAGGCGCUUGGCAGCAUCUAAUUUUAGAAACAAUCUGCAAUCCGAAGGAGGAAGUUAAUUAUUCAUCGAAUAUAAUUUUAUCUAGUGUCGAUUGUUUGACAUUUCAACGGAAGAUUACACUUAAGAAAUCUAUGUCAUUCUAAUGUGAUAUAAGAUUAAUACACAUUUAUAUAAAUAAAUACAUUCAGUCUCGUCGAAAAUAUAUCAAGUAAUUGUGGAAUCACAAUAGAGAUUCAAGAUGGAAAAGUGUCUGAUAAUAUUCAUUAUAUUUACGGUGAUUGGCUACUGCAUGAGUGUUGAAUUCAAAGUACCCGAGCAUGAAGAAACAUCGUUUUGGUUAAAGUCCGGACAAGAUAAUCUCAAACGUGUCUUACAAAUGGAAAAUAAUAAAAAUCGAGCGAAAAAUAUAAUAGUCUUUAUCGGCGAUGGGAUGGGAUUGUCAACCAUAACUUCGGGGCGCAUUUUCAAGGGACAAAUGAGAGGCAAUUCUGGAGAAGAAUUUAAAUUGUCGUUCGAACAAUUCCCCAGCACAGGAUUUUCAAAGACGUACAACGUGGAUCGACAAGUGCCCGAUUCGGCGGGAACGGCCACUGCCAUGUUUUCCGGUGUCAAAGCCCAGUACAAAAUGUUGGGCCUCGACGGCAAAGCCAAGUGGAAUACGUGCGACAAGACCGUCAACGAAAAUAGCCGAUUGACCACCAUCGCCUCUUGGGCUCAGAACAGCGGCAUGGACACGGGAUUCGUCACUACGACCCGAGUAACGCACGCGACGCCCGGUGCCUUGUAUGCCCACACAAACAACAGAGAUUGGGAAUGCGACACGUCCAUUCCUCGCGUUUACAGAGAUUGCAUCAAAGACAUCGCUCGGCAAUUAGUGGAAGAUGCCCCGGGCAACAAGUUCAAGGUUAUCAUGGGCGGCGGCGCUGGUAUGCUAGGAUUCAACAGCCCUUAUCCAGACAAGGAAGCGUGCCAGCGUAACGAUGGUCGAAGACUGGCCCACUCGUGGCUUCUUGCUAAUCCAGGCAGCAAACUUGUCACCAAUACGGUGGAUCUUUUUAACGUAGAUCUAAAUAAUACGACCAAGUUGAUGGGGAUUUUCGCCGAUGAUCAUCUUCCAUACGCAGCCGUCAAACCCCCCUCGGUUCCUUCUCUCGCUAACAUGACAGUUCAAGCCAUCAAGAUGUUAAAAAAUAAUAAACACGGUUUCUUUUUAAUGGUCGAGGGUGGUAAAAUCGAUUUGGCUCAUCACAAAAAUUAUGCUCAAUUGGCCGUCAGAGAAGUUGCGGAACUGGACGAUGCCGUGAUCGCUGCAAUGCAAAUGGUGAAUCUCGACGAAACUUUGAUUGUCGUGACUGCCGAUCAUUCGCACGCCUUCACCAUGAACGGCUAUCCGCAGCGCGGAAACGACAUUCUGGGCCUGACUGAGUCAUCUGGCAACAAGCAAAAAUACGAGACCCUUAGCUAUGCCAAUGGUCCAGGCUACUUUUACCAUAGGCUCAAUGACAGUGACAAAAUUUGGAGAGAUCUUGAGAAUGAUACCAAUAGGGAUGAUCCAUUUUACGUCCACUUCUCACCCCGCUAUUUGAAAGAUGAAACUCACGGAGGUGAAGAUGUUGGUGUCUAUGCUAUCGGACCAUAUUCUCAUUUAUUCCGCAGCACUUUCGAGCAAAACUACAUUGCUCAUGUUUUAGCUUACGCAGCCUGUUUUAAAGAUUGGCCGUCACACUGCGAUCAAACCUAUAAUCGAUACUUCUACCAUAUUUCACGUACCAACGAUGCUGCGACGAGACAUUUGACUUUACCUACUUUUAUUAUUUUUGUUUUAACUGUCUUCAUAAAUUCUUUAUAAUUACUUUAUAAGUAGCUGAAAAUGUCAUUUCUUGUACACAAGAUAACUAUUUUUGAAAAAUAGUUUCAUAGAUAAAUUCAUACGUAUUAAUUUAUGUCCAGAAAAUAUAAAAAGGUACGCAGCUUUUGAUAACCAUACGAAAUAUUAAUUUGUUAUGAUUUCAACUGGGGUGGAUCUUUGUACUUUGAAGCACAAGCAUAUUCGACUAUUUUUAAAUAGGCUUAUUUUUGAAAUUGUAGCGCCUUUAAAAAAAGGAAGAAAUUUUGUUCAAUAUUUUUGGCAAAAAUCGUUUAAAACACCAAAGUUUAACUAUUUUUCUUUAAACCUAUUAUGUUCAGCGUUUCAAAGUACUUAAAGAACAUACGUUUAGCAAAACGUUUUAAUUUAUGAAUGUUCUCUUAGUUAUUUGAAACUUUCAAAUUUAUAAAAUGUUAUUGAUUGAUAAAAUUUCAAAUGCAACCUUCAGAGUUGAGAUUUCAGAGCGAUAUUUAGCAGUAAUAUUGGUUUAUGUUUUGUUAACAAACAUUUUCCAUAAUUUUUUUUAACAUUAAAUGUCUAUUUGAAAUUGUAUCGAUCCUGAACAAGCUGUUGUACUUAUAGAUUGCAUUAUUUAUAAUAAAUGAUUCGUGCUUGAAAAAAACAUUUUGAUAGCAUGUCGAGUUCACUGCUCAUAACUGAUCGAAAAAUUCAAACGAAUGUAAUAGUUGAAGGUAUUUCAAUCUCGAUUCAAUUUUCAUUCAAUUUUAUGUUCAUCGAGUAGUAUGAUUAAAUGUAAUUCAUAAGUUUGUAGAGUAAAAUAUACGAGUAAAUCGUACUUUCGUAAAUAACGUUGGUCAGCUUAGUCCUAUUUGCUAGAACAUUUUAUAUAAAGUCAUUGAAGUAUAAAUAUUGUUAUCUUACGGAAUUGUCAUACCAUAAACAGUAUUUUUUAUGCGUGUAUAGUAUCGAGAUGAAAGAGAAUCAUUGGGAAAGAUAAUUUUAAAUUUGUUUUACUUCUGUAAAUAAAUAUAAUGCGACGAAUAUUUA